AUGAGGGGCUUCACUCUGAAUCACGUUUGCCAGUGUGGCUUGUUUACGUAUCUUGUCUUGUUUUCCUUCAUGUCUUUCACCGAUGCAGUCAGUUUCGACCUGACUGAGCUCAGGAAUAAAGUAGCAAAAAUUAAAGUGAAUCCAAGAGGCAAUCUUUGGGCUACAGGACACUUCAUGGGGAAGAAGAGUGUGAUGGAUGCCCCCCUGAUGCCCUCAGCGGAGGGGCAGGGGCAGGAUGCGCUGGACGUCUCCUUCCCGGGGGAGCAGAGCGCGGUCGAGGAGCUUUUCCAACAGUUUCUGCGGGUGGCGUUACAAACGCAGGUGGACACGCAAGAGAGCCGCUCGAAAAACCAGGAGGCGGACUUGUUGAUGAAGAUUUUAGAAAGCUACAUCCAAAGCAGAAAGUGA